AUGGUUAUUUGUUUGUCAACAAAUUCUGUGCAUUCUAAUGCUAGAAAUUCAGCAGAGUUGCUGAAUGUUAGAGGAAGAACAUUCCCUAGAAGAGUUAAUUUCAUGGAAAAUGGAUUUUUUGGUGGUGUAAGUAAGUUAGGUUUAGUUCAAGUUAAGUGUAAUGGGAGUUCAUAUCAUAGCCAAGACCCUUUUCUAAAUCUACAUCCCGAGGUUUCGAUGCUUAGAGGUGAGGCGAGCAACACGGGGAAUAUUCCAAGGAAGGGUAGUUUAGGCGGGGACUUAUCUGAGAGGUUAGAUGAUACGUCUAGUCAAAGUAAUUACAAUCAGGCAAAGAUUAAGGUUAUUGGAGUGGGAGGUGGUGGAUCUAACGCGGUCAAUCGCAUGAUUGAGAGUUCGAUGCAGGGAGUUGAGUUUUGGAUUGUUAAUACGGAUGUGCAAGCAAUGAGAAUGUCACCUGUGUUUCCUGAGAACCGCUUGCAAAUUGGUUUGGAGCUUACGCGAGGUCUUGGAGCUGGUGGUAAUCCUGAGACAGGAAUGAAUGCAGCGAAAGAAAGCAAAGAAUCAAUUGAAGAGGCGGUUUAUGGAGCUGAUAUGGUCUUUGUUACGGCUGGAAUGGGUGGUGGAACUGGCACAGGUGGUGCCCCGAUUAUUGCUGGUGUUGCAAAGUCAAUGGGUAUACUGACUGUUGGGAUUGUGACCACCCCUUUUUCAUUUGAAGGCCGAAAGAGAGCCAUUCAAGCACAAGAAGGAAUUACUGCUUUAAGAGAUAGCGUCGAUACUCUAAUAGUUAUUCCAAACGACAAGCUAUUAACUGCAGUUUCUCAAGCUACCCCUGUAACCGAGGCAUUCAAUCUUGCUGAUGAUAUUCUUCGACAAGGCGUUCGUGGCAUAUCUGAUAUUGUUACAGUACCGGGGUUGGUAAAUGUAGAUUUUGCAGAUGUUCGAGCUAUAAUGGCUAAUGCUGGUUCUUCACUGAUGGGGAUAGGAAUUGCAACUGGGAAAACAAGGGCAAGAGAUGCUGCAUUAAAUGCUAUCCAGUCACCUUUACUAGAUAUUGGUAUUGAAAGAGCUACUGGGAUUGUUUGGAACAUAACCGGUGGAACUGAUCUUACCUUGUUUGAGGUAAAUGCUGCUGCAGAGGUUAUCUACGACCUUGUGGACCCUAGUGCUAAUUUAAUUUUUGGAGCAGUAAUAGAUCCAUUACUCAGUGGUCAAGUAAGCAUAACACUAAUUGCAACCGGAUUCAAGCGUCAAGAGGAAGACGAUGCGAGACCCCUACAGGCUAGUCAGCUCAGUCAGGGAGAUACAGCCAUCGGUUUCAAUCGGCGACCCUCCUCUUUCUCCGACAAUGGUAGUUUGUUUGACAUCCCUGAGUUCUUACAAAAGAAAGGACGCUCACGCUAUCCAAGGGUUUAA